AUGUCACUAGCUAAAGAUCACCCUUUGACGGAAUCCAUCAUCUCCUCAUUCGGACCCAAAAGCUCACCUAGAGCUCGGGAGAUCCUGACAGGGUUGAUUCGAUAUCUUCAUGCCUUCUGUCAUGAAGUAAAUCUCACCACCGAAGAGCUAUAUAUUGCUAUUGAGGCUUUGAAUAGGUCUGGCCAGAUGAGUAACCCUGAGCGAAACGAGACCUUGUUGAUCUCAGACUGUCUUGGCGUGGAGGCGCUAGUUGAUGCUCAGACCCAAAAAAUGCUGGAGCAAGACAACGGAACCAACUCUUGUAUUCUCGGCCCGUUCUACGUCGCUGAUCCUCCUCGAUAUGAGAAUGGGGAUACUAUUAUCCAGAAGUAUCUUGGGGGAGAGGUCACGUACUUCCAUGGUCGGAUUCUGGAUGCUGAUACAAAUUUGCCCGUUGCAGGUGCAUCUCUAAACGCCUGGGAGUGUGCAGUCAACGGACUGUAUGACCAACAGGAUCCUAACCAGCCAUCUGGAAACAUGCGCGGCAUGUUCACCUCGGAUGCAGAAGGCAAAUAUGCAUUCUACUGUAUCAAGCCGGUCCCUUACCCUGUUCCCUAUGAUGGUCCUGCUGGGGAUAUCCUCAAACUUAUGGACCGCCACCCGUACCGAGCUGGUCACAUCCACUUCAUGGUGACCAGGGACUCUUACAACCGUCUGAUUACACAGGUUUUCCCUGAGGACGACACUUAUCUUGACUCCGAUUCGGUGUACGCAGUCAAGUCAGAUUUGCUUUUAAAGUUCAAGCCUUAUGAUUCUGGCUCGCUGAAAUGUAUGGGGGCUAACGAAGUCGAUGUGAAGUGGGAAGUCAACUGGGAUUUCAAGAUCAAGAAGCAGAAAGCUUAA